ACCAGCACAAAGAACAACAACAUCGUCAGAUUCGUAUAGUUAAACGGGUCGUGCUCCAAAUGUUGCCACUCGCUUCGAUCAAGUGCUCAUAAAACCCAACCCAGUCUAUCUUCCUACAUAGGCAACUGAUACGACAUCCACAAGCUGUGAUGGACAGGAAGGGCAGCUCGUCAACGCCGUGCAAAAAAUCAGGACAAACGCUCAGCCCGGCUUCUAACGUAUAUGCCAGCAACUCGUCAAAGAAGAAGAGCGAAAAGAGGGAAGGAAGAGACGAAAGUGGGGAUGUAGCCAAUUAUGACAGCUCAGACAUGACAGAUGGCAGUGAAUUUGAGAGUCCAGUGGAAGAUGAAGAAGACAAUGAUCAGAUAUUCUAUAUCGAUGCAAUUAUGUAUGCUCAUUUUCGAGAUACCAGGUCACGUAAAGAUGGACUGGGAUGGUACGGAUGGCAUUAUGGGGUGAUGGCAAGUUACCUAAAAUCCUUGUCGGAUACAGAGGAACCUCUGAGUUCAUUCGAAACCGAACUCAAUGUCGCUCCUCUGGUGACAUCGUUUUGGCAGGCAGUUGAUAAACCGAUACCAAAAGGGAAACUGGAGCCACCAGGCAGGAAGGGCGACUAUUACGAGAUCGCGCCCGAUCAGAUGGAGGAUAUUCUUUUAACUUGCUACCCUAAACGGACAUGGAAAAUCUACAGCCGUCGGCGUGCCAAGCAACGAGCGCACCAACUAGCCCCUCCAAAAAUCCGAGCUAAACCGUUACGAAUUCAGAAGCGUGACUCCGACCACUACAACUAUGAACGGUAUAAAAGGAGGAGGAAGGUUAUGCAAGAAGCUGAGGAGAAGCAGAAGAAAGCACAUGGCAUCAAGAAAAAAGAAGAAAAAGGAUCACCGGAAUGGGCUUCAACCUCUAUCAGUGAUUCAGACUCUACAGAAAUGAGCUUGGAUGAUGAAAAUAACGUUCCCUCAAUGUCCGACAAGCGAGCCCAAGGGAAAAGGAAGGAAGGCCCUAGGAGGACGAAGAAGCACGUACAAAGUUCCUCGGAGGACGAGAAUCAGACUGAGCUGAAAGAGACGACCAUCGAGAGGAAGAGGCGGAGAAUUCCUUCAUCCGCGUUAUCGUCUGUGUCAUCACCUUCCGACAGCCCCAGAUCAAGCAAGCAGAAGGAGCAGUCAUUACAACCAUCUAUCGAGGUUGAGAUACCCAUUGCGGUUGAUCGAAUGAGGUCAAGGCAGCCGUCACAAGGAACAGGUCCAACCCAACUCUCUUUUGGACAGCUUCAACCUGGGAUUUUUGAUCCUGAUCCUCCUGUUACGGCUACUUUCCGGGGAGGGCUUAGCGAUGCACCGCGUACUGUUGCGGCCACUGUUGUCUCUUCGAUAUCUGCCAUCGAACCGUUCCCUGAGACUCAACAGUCAGGUUCCCAGCCUUUACCUUCCUUCCCUCCGUCCCAGGCUCCUCGCGUAUCAACCCAAACUCAAACACGAAGCUCCCGUCAACAUUCGCCUCAACCUCAGCCACAACUUCAACCGCAACCACAACCUCAAUCGCAACCUCAGCCUCAGCAUCAAGCCCAAUCUCUGCCCCGAACACAGCCGCAGCCUCAGACACCGAACUCACUGUCAGCCUCCUCUGUCUCAGGGCUUCCGGCUGCCACCAACAAAUCACAGCCAAAAUCCACAUCUCUUUCUGCAAAUCAAAUCCAAGAAACAAUUGCCGACGCUAACAAUGCUUCAAAGACACCAGUGGCUGCCUUUCCGCAACAUAAUAGCAGGCAAGGUAGUAAAGAUAAUGCUGGCAACACAGCCGGUGCCUCUCAAAAUAGUGUCGCUCCGAUUGAUCAACAGCAGAAGCAGACGACUACAGGAUCAGUUGAAUCUACACUGAGAGGGACCGUCAACCGUUUUUCCGAAGGCAGUACCGGUGAGGCUUCGAGACCGUCUACCACGCCUUCAACCAGUCGCACUCUGAUUCCCAAUCAGUCUGGCAACCUGUCCCAUCAGAUAUCCGUCUCUUCAUUGCAAGAACCUAUUGAUCUCACCUCUUCACCGCCUGAUAUCGCUAUCGAGCUCCCUUCGACGGCGAUUCCUGCUAGCGCUGGGCAGAACGCGCCAAUCCAUCCAGCAAAUAAUGCCACCGCCGUGAGAAAAAAAUAUGAGCAACCGAAGCGUAUCAAGACAAUAAAUGACGCGGACACUGGUACGCAAGCUAUUGAUAUCAGGGCGAUUAGGAAUAGCAGAAAGGAGCAGGAACACGAUGUUGAAGCACCACACUUAUCACCUCAAGCUCCAGAAUCACAGAGGCCUAAGGAAUUGACUAGAGCUCAGAGGAGGAAGCUAGAUGAGGAGAAUCUUACCAGUGCUACGAGGUUAUCGACUGCUAUGUUGCAUAGGCAAUCACCGCAAGACAUAGGUGCAAGGCCGUCAUCGCAGAGUGGACAAUCUUCGAAAGGUCCCGUAAGUAGAGCUGAUAGCGGUGAAAGAAGGACUGCGAGUGUGUCAACAAAUGCGGCGUCGAUGUCACCGACGGCGGCGAGGAAACGUUUGGAUAGUACGUCGUCCGAAACGUAUCAUCGUGCGAGCGCUUCCAGGACAAGUGAGAGGUUUUCCCCUCAGUUAAGUCCUAGAUUGUCGAAGGGUAAAGAGGACAGUGGGGGUGGGAAAAAAGUGCCUAAACGUUCGUUGCAAGAUGGAAACGGCUCCAACACGGCUUCUCCCAGUGUCGCUCCCCCGAAAAUAGUGACUGCUGUCACUACGACCCCGGUACAGGGCAAUGCAUCAGCUGGGAUUCUUCCAGGCCCCACACAUGACAGCUUUACAGUCGUUGAUCCCGCGCCUUCGCCUACUACAAAUGUCCAAGAAGAUAAUGGAGAAUCAGUUUUCACCCCGCCUCGGGGUCAAGAAGACUCAUUAUUUACACCUCCAUUCGGCGGAACUGAUGAAGUAUCUGAAAAUGCACCUGUAUCGUUUCCCACACCCGCAGAUCAAGCACCGAUCCAACAAACACCACAAACGCUCUUGGAUUUGCAUCUGGGAUCACCGAUGCCCGAAGAUCAUAGCAUAGUACAGGCCGCACAGAAAGCUCGGUUGGAGAAAGAACGGCUAGAAAUGGAGCGAUUACAGAAGCAACGAGAAGAGCAGAAGUGGAAGGAACAACAGAAGAAAGAUCGGAUCGACGCAAUGGAGAAAAUGAAGAAAAUGCGGGAGAUGCAGAAGGCGGAGGCAGAUAAAAAGAAGACGGAGCGGGUGGAGAAGGAGAAAGCAGAGAGAGAAAAGGCUGUGUUUUCCCAAACUCAACCCACUCAGAAACCACUGAUGGCUUCACGGAUUUCCCAAUCCUACCAGCCCCGACAGCCUGUACCUCAAGCCCAGCAGCUCAAUCAGGUAAUUGCCCCGAUGCCUACUCAACCUCUGGCUUCACCGGCUGUUCAGACGUCUGACCGUCCAUAUACUCAGCCAUCAAAUUCGGCGUUAAUUUCAUUUUUUGUUCCCCCGGCUGCGAGACAAACGACACCGGUACCGGAUGAACGCGCGAACAAUGAAGCAACCCGUCAGACGGCUAAUGUCUUGGCACAAUCCUCUGCUGAUCAGGCCCAACAUCGGUCGAUUACUCCGGUUGUGCAACCUGCUUCUCGAUCUGCCUCUCAACCUCCAACCCUGCCUAAAUCCCAAUCCUCUGUUCAGUCAGCGACGCAACAACUUUCACAAGCGCCCAGCCAUUCAUCCACUCAACUAAUCCCUCUGCCUACCCCUCACCAAACUAACGAAGCCUCCUCCACAGUCCCACCGAAGUCAACUGCGACUCAUCCCUCGACUCCCUCGCAGGACGUGCAGACUCCACCCAAACGCAUCAACCAUGAUAUCAUCUACAACCUUGACACCCUGCUUCGCCUUCGUCAAAUAAGGCUAGAUGGUCCUACGGAGGUUUUCAAUGGUCUACCGACUCCUACCUCUGGUACACUUGAGCAGCCUAAUCACUCAUUUCCUGCUUUAUGUCCUGUCAAGUCGCAAGGCGGGAUAAUCACUUUUGCUCCGUCUCUUAUACUUGAGGAGCCAAAAUUGUUUGAAAAGGUCAUGGAAGCUUUGAAGAAGACGCCCUUCUGGGGAGCGUAUCUGGCACCGCCGGUGAUUACUUACUUUGACCAGUCGUGGGGUGAUGAAGAUCUAUGCCCGGAUGCGAUGGAAUCCUUCGCAAUCCUCAUUGCCAACCUUACCCUCGACGGGGGCUUCGGUCAACUAUUUCUCGCAGACACACCCCAGUCAAACGGUAAUGGCCUUGCAGUCAGCUGCAACCCUCCUGCCUCUUACGACUGUGAUGCCUGUCUUGCUUGGUUUCAAUGGCUCCAACAAGCUACCGAAGUUAGCAGCUUCAAAGACCUCGCCGAUCUCUGCCGCUUGGUAAAGCCAGGCUACUUUGAGAGGAAGGAUCAAUCCGUAUGGACUCAGGCCGCGUCAUCUGCGACGAGACAGGAUGCGGAAGGCGUGGUAAUUGACCAAUUGAUUGAUCUUUCCAGGAUGAGGACGAGGGAUGAUUUGGUGGAAUAUGAUCGGUUUGUUUAUGUGGGAAGGUUGGAGUUGAGUGCGAGUGCAGAGGCGAGGAGAAAAAAGUACGGCGCUGGAAUUGAGUUCCUCACACCAGAAGAGUUCAUGCGAAUAGCUGAGGACGGUGCUUCUAAAUCUUGACGUUCACCUGCUGUACUUCUUUGACUUUCAUUUGCAAUUUUUAAGGGUCAUUUCAUACCAGUUAGUAUUUUGCGCCCGUAUAUCCUGCACAGUUUUACCAUUUAGUUGUCAUAUCAUGUACAUGUAGCAUCUCCAUACUUGGGUCCUCGUCUCCUUGAUGUAUUACGGAAUAUCAGCGGCGAUGUCCGAUGGAAUCACGGCUUCUUACGGCCGGGUGGAGUGUAAAUAACGGUUCCCAGCCAGUGCU